AUGGUGGGGCGAAACUUUGGCCGUCCAGCACGCGGACACUUCGACUUGGGUCGCAACAACCAUGUUAUUGCACUGAUGCUGAUGCUUUUGCGUCAAGUGCAGCAGCUGGAGCGAAAACCGCCCGUCACACUUGGGCUGAUGGCUCUGAUGUGCGGCCUUUACUAUCAACAGAACAUCACACCCGAGCUCUUUCAUCCCUACGCGCUGCGAGUGAACUGUUGUCGUAUCAGAGAGAAGGUGGUGGGUAGAUGGAUAAGAUUGACGAGGUUGGUUGUUGAUGUCUUCUGUAGCUGUCCCGAUCGAGUUCUCGAUCGAUUUGAGCUCAUGCGGAUCGUUGCCUCGGGUCUCAUCCACGCGGAUGAGUGGCACCUGUACCACAACAUGAUAUCGUUUCUUUGGAAAGGAUACAAUCUUGAGUACAAGCUGGGGAGUGUGCAGUUCCUGCUUAUCGUUGGAUUCUUGCUUGCUCUGAGUCACACUCUUGUGAUCGCAGUUGCACUUAUUCUAGCUACGUGCUUCCAGAUGCCGGGCCCUUUGCACCAGUGCAGUGUUGGCUUUUCGAGUGUUCUUUUUGCGUUGAAGGUCAUCUUGAACCACGAUUCUCCAGCAUUCUCGACCAUUUACGGGUUUUGUGUGCCCACGAAAUACGCGGCGUGGCUGGAACUGGUGGCAAUUUACCUUCUCGUACCGCAAAGUUCGUUCAUGGGCCACAUGUGUGGCAUUCUAGCUGGAUAUAUCUGCGUACGCUUCCUAUCGAUGCGAUCGACUAUGAUUGUCGGAGUCCGCUGGAUCAGCCGAUGUCUACAGGAGCUAAAGAAGCUGGUUACCAACCGACGAAACACAGGCACACGAAGAAGUACACCGCAACAUGCUCCACGCAGACCGUCUGCCCCCUCGUAUGAGACAGACGAAGAACUGGCACGGCGUCUUCAAGAAGAAGAAUACCGGUCACAUGACGGUCCACGACCGCAACCAGAACAACGUGAGCCCUACCACAUCACUCCGAGCGAGCUUCGACGACGGCGUUUGGCUCGGUUCACGAACGGUCGAAGGUGA